UUAUUUCAUAAGUGUGCCGUCAUCCGGGUGUUUUUCCCGUAGCAUCGAGCGAGUACAACAGAAUACAUUCAAUGCAGAAAUGUUCCGGUAUACUACGCGAUCAUUUGACUCCUCAUUGAUCCGAUAUGCUGUGCUCAUGACAACAUGGUGCGCUGCUGUCCUCUAUGCCUGCUGGCGUUUUGCAUACACGACAAGCGACCUCCCUAUGCAGGUUCCAGGUGGCUUUACAGAUGGCAUGCAUGGCCUAACCAGGAAAAGGGAUAUUGCACACGACGAGUGGAACAGUAUAUCGAACGGACUCCUUUCAAUAUCCGCAUGGUUCUUGCUUCAGCCGUUACUCACUCAAUUUUUCAUCCAGACUUAUAGGAAGGUGCCGCCAUUCUUCUAUGCGAUGUACACAACAACGUUCCUGAUUCUUCAAUAUGACUUGACUAUUUUGCUACUCCUGUACGCCGUGUACGCUCUUAUGUACCUUGCAACAACUUCGAAGCGCAGAAGUGUGUGCUAUAUGCUUUUCGCUGUUCUGUACGUGGUUUACAAGAUGAACCUCACACCAUCAAUCCUGACACAUAUGUACAGACACGGGGUUGACCAAGGCGUCCUGAUUGAUGUCGGGCUGUGCUACGCUUUGAUGCGCAGCUUGAGCUUUGCAUUGGAUUGCAUUGAGAGGGAUACGGCACCGCCACUAUGGAAAACAUUGGCUUACUAUCUGUAUUUACCCAACUUCUUUUGGGGCCCUCUUAUGAACUACAGUGACUUUGAGCAGGAGCUUGAUCGUCCGCCAACGCCUUGGUCCUUCUCGAAGCGAUCAUUCGGACUAUUCCUGAACCUGCUGCACUGCUACGUGCUGUACCUGUUUUACAAUGUGCACACUCAUUACUUCUAUCAUAAAGUCCUGUCGUAUCUUCCGGAUAUCGUGGAAACGUUAGAUGCGUGGAGUGCAGCAGGCUUCUGUUUCUUGUCCGCCUUCUCGAUAUUCCUCGAAUAUCGCAUCUUUUUACUACUGGGUGGAGCUGUAGCAGCGCUGGAUGGACUGCGUUUACCUCCAGCCUCUAUGUGCAUAGCCCGACCGUACUCCUCGGCCCACUUCUGGAAGAACUUUAAUCGUGGCUACCACUUGUGGCUUGCCAGGUAUUUCUACAUACCAUUUAUAGGUGGAGAUAGGUCCAAUGGGCUCAAAGUUAUUGGCGCUGGGCUCUGUUUCGGCGUCAUAUGGUGGGGCCACAAUGGGGGAGCUGCCAUUGGAGCUUGGUGCUCUAUUAACUGCCUAACCGUCCUACUUGAGAAGUUCGUGAUACACUUUGGGACCACGUGCUAUGGCGUUUCGAUCCAGGACCGUUUUCCAAAUUUGGUGCGCCAACUGCAGUUGAUCCUGUACACGACCUCGUUGCUGCUUGGGUACAUGUCCAACAUGUUUUUAGCAACAGGAUGGAGCGUACCCUUUAUAGUUUUCAACAAGCUUAUUUGUGCUCCUCUGCCCAUGGCCGCUUUGUUCAUGGCCACCUACUGCGGGGUUUGCUGUUCCCUAGAGUUUCACAAGAAGAUGACAAAAGGCAACAGAAAAUGCGAACACAUCAAAUGAAAUUCGCUCCAAAGCACAAUAUUCAGCACUAAGCUUUUUCGGAAGUUCUUCUCAAAGAUUCUUUUCAGUUGUUUUUUUCCCUUUCCUUCGUCGACAACGGCCUCGUCGAUUCAGCAGGACUCUCACUCAUCUUUGUCACAUAAUUUUCUCACCAGGAACUUCCUGACAUUUCCGAGCAGUAACAUAAACACUUGAUUUCGUCAGUGACGCUUCUUAUCUUCAGUUCGAUGGAAUUCAGUGAUGCUUGUGAGCCAUUUUAUAGAAGUGUGCGAAAUGGAAAUAACGAUGUCUUACCGACUUUUGUUUUCAAGCACCUAUUCCCCGAAAUAUAUAAUU